CUUUCGCUAGCUCACCUUUUUGUGUUUUGCCUCAUUGGAAGCUGUCUGAUUAAUUUAAGGCUGAACUACUGUGGUGACGGUAUCCAGGACUGUGGUUGUCCGUACGUGUCGUUUCUGUCUCUUUUAUCCAUUUCCUUAACUUGUAUCUAGACUGUUGAAUAGCGAAACUGCACAUUGGAGCUCUUUGUUCUCUCUUGUUGUGAUCUUUUGAUCGCCUACAUUGGCGGUUUGGUUCUCUGUCCGACAUGAGGCGGUCAAGAAAUCGAAAAUACUUACGUUUUGCAGUUUGUUUUCUAGUAUAGCAGUCCUAACAUUUCUUGUUUCCCUGUCUACUCUUUUUUCCAUUGGUAAUUCUCGUUAUUGUCUUGGCGAAGACUGUCGAUACAAUUGGGUCCGCCACAACGGUGCGGAAAUCAUGGUUGUUUAGCACAGCUGAACCGUUUACUGUCGUAUUGAACUAUCCGAGUGUUGAUUACUAUCACAGCCUACUCGUUGGUGAUUGCCUAUUCCUAGUACAGUUUGUGAAUUUAUUGUAUAAAUGACUGAAGUUCAUUCAGCAUGCCGUUCACUUGUCUGAAGAUAGCGCACCGUCUCGAUCAGAUCUCAUAACUCUCGUCCAAUGGUCCUUCGGUUCUCCGCAGUGUAUGCUGCUGCCACAGUCACAGCUUAUUUGCCAUUGUGCACUUGAUCUGGCCCGAUUCCUUUUCGCAUGCUUCUACCGCUCCUCCCCAUCUGUAAUCAUCAGUCUACUCUGUUGCAAAAUUGUCGCCUCACAUUCUUAUUGCUCCCUGCUUGUGUGUUUUAUCCUAACAAUUCAAUCUUUUUACUCUUAUUUAGCUUUAUAGCAACCCCUGUUUGUAUCAUCUUUGGCUUGAUUUUGCGCCCCCCCCCCAGUUUCCUGUUGUUGUUUCGUGCCAGAUAUUCCCCAUCUUUUCCCUAUGCCUUUUCGCAAUAUCUGCCAUAUCGCUUCAUUCGGUGCUCGUGUUUACGCCACUUCAUGGUGCGAACUGACGGAACAUCGUUUUCGCGCGUCUGUCCAUUACAGGUUACGAACUCAUUCAACCGUUCCAUGUCAUAUUGCCUGCGUAUAGGUCGUUAUCAGACUUCGUUCUUUGAUAACUCUAUCAUUUUACUAGCUUAUCUUGGUAGACUGUAACACCUGGUGGCCUUGCGCAUUUAUUUUCCUGACCGUUUGCAGUGGACUUGUUUGGUUUCAGUUGGAUGCCUAAUACUUGUGUUCCUUUUUAUUGUGUCUGAAUCUAACUUGGUAUCCCGUCAAUGGUUGAUGCACAUUUUCCUUCAUUCCACAUUUUGUGUCGUUAUUAACACGGACCCUUUUGUAACUUUCUGUUUUGAUCAGAUAAAAUUCAUUUGUAUCGGAAUCGUCGCUGCAGUCGUGGUUAUUCUAGUGAUCGUUCUGGCCGUGACCCUGAGGUAACUCUACACCGAUGGGCCAUCUGUUCGAAGAUCUGACAAUCCACCUAACUGCUUUGUCUACGUCUCAUUAUCGAGAUAUGACGGCGUUCCCACAAAAUGACACAAUCAGUCACGCGUAACAUUGUGCCUUGUACUUUGAUUUUCCCGGAUCCCUCCCCGAACUUCCAUGCAGAGCACUCCACCAUUAUUUUUGUUGCUUAUUUCGAACUCUUCUGUGUUUGUACCUCAAGAAUAGCCUUAUCUUGUUUCCCUCAUGUAACUUUUUUCCUCUCACUUUUAUUUCUGUUUUCACCUCGCAUGCAUCUGACACAUUUGGAUAUUAUCGCAUUGCUGACUCUCCUCUUGUCCAGCUUUCCCAGUGACUUGUGUUCACAUAAGCUUUACUCAGUUAGUUUCUACUCGUUUCUGCACUGUUAUGCGACGAUUAACUUUUCAGAUACUCUUUCCAAAGGAUUAGUCAAAAGUCAAUAUUGGUGGUGCUGGUUGGUUGUUCCGUUUUAUUCUUCGAUCUAUCCUGUCGAACGAUUGAAUGACUAUUAUCAACUAUCCUCUGGGGCUUUUUGGAACAUUCCUGGAGCACAGUUCGGAGGAACCACAUAUGCUACUCAGCUAGUCUCUUCCCUCAUUGGUGACUUUGCCCCGCUCCUGCGUGCUCCCCUCCUUUAUUCCUUGAUAUUACCCCGGCAUCUUGUGACGGAUAGGGCGCCUGUGAUCCCUCUUAAUUUAAUAGAUCACAUCCCUUUAGUGCACUUCGACGUGCUUCGCAUAAUUGUGGUACUUUUUUGCCGAUCUUCACUAUCCGUCCCUUCAUCCCAAAGCAUUUUUGAGGCGUCAUCGAUUGCUUACUUUUGCACAUACAGUUUAUGCACGUUCAAUGGAGCUGUAUCGUCUUUGUGCCUUACGCCAAUCUCUCUCUCUCUCUGUAAAGUAUAUCUCCUUUUAUAUGCCUACUACUGGCGCUCCAUUUCACAUGCUAACUUUGCCUUGUCAUCCAGAAGAAGUACUGGUUGUUUCACAAUUUCAACUACGUUCAUCUACUCAGUCGACAGUCUGUCUUACGAUGCCAAUAACUCGUGUUCGGAACACUAA